CAGUCCUUCCAGCUAUCUUUGGUGCAGCAGAGCUGUGCGAGAGGACGUACAAGUGCAGUCAGACAGCGACCCAGCAGACAUGUCGGAAAGUGGGAGCCAGGAACCCGCCUGGGCCGAGAACGGCGGCGACGACAGCCCGUCGAAACGUGCACCCACACGGCCCGUCGGCAACAGAGUGACCGUGGUGCUCGGGGCUCAGUGGGGGGACGAGGGGAAGGGGAAAGUUGUGGACCUGCUGGCACAAGACGCGGAUAUGGUGUGCAGAUGUCAGGGCGGCAACAACGCAGGACACACGGUGGUGGUGGACUCGGUGGAGUACGACUUUCACCUCCUCCCCAGCGGCAUCAUCAACCCCAAGGUCACCGCCUUCAUUGGCAACGGUGUCGUGAUCCACCUGCCAGGCCUGUUUGAGGAGGCAGAGAAGAACUCACGCAAAGGGAAAGGUCUUCAUGAGUGGGAGAAAAGGUUGGUCAUCUCAGACAGAGCACACAUUGUGUUUGACUUCCACCAAGCGGUUGAUGGUGUUCAGGAACAGCAAAGACAAGAGCAAGAUGGCAAGAUCCUUGGCACAACAAAGAAGGGGAUUGGUCCAGUGUACUCGGCCAAGGCAGCACGAAGCGGUCUCAGGAUAUGCGAUCUGUUGGCUGACUUCACUCAGUUCUCUGAAAGGUAUAACAUUUUGGCCAAGCAGUACAAAGCAAUGUACCCCACUCUGGAGAUUGACAUAGAGGGAGAGCUUACAAAAUUAAAGGACUAUGUGCAACGGAUCAAGCCCAUGGUGAGAGACGGAGUGCACUUCAUGUACGAGGCUCUUCACGGCCCUCCUAAGAAGAUCCUGGUGGAAGGAGCCAAUGCAGCUCUACUGGACAUCGACUUCGGGACGUACCCGUUUGUGACCUCGUCCAACUGCACGGUGGGCGGCGUGUGCACGGGUCUCGGCAUGCCGCCCCAAAACGUGGGGAACAUUUACGGGGUCGUCAAGGCGUACACCACCAGAGUGGGCAUCGGGGCCUUCCCCUCAGAGCAGAGCAACGAGAUCGGAGAGCUUCUUCAGACUCGAGGGAAGGAGGUGGGCGUGACCACCGGAAGGAAGAGACGAUGUGGUUGGCUGGAUCUGGUUCUCAUCAGAUAUGCACACAUGAUCAACGGCUUCACCGCGUUAGCGCUCACCAAACUUGACAUACUUGACGUGCUCGCAGAGAUCAAAGUGGGCGUCGCUUACAAAGUCAACAAUGAAAUUAUACCUCACUUUCCAGCCAAUCAGGAGGUGUUGCAUCAUGUGGAGGUCCAGUAUGAGACGCUGCCGGGCUGGAACAGUGACACCUCGGCUGUGAGAGACUUCAACAAUCUGCCUGAGAACGCCCAGAAUUAUGUCCGCUACAUCGAGCAGAUAGUGGGAGUGCCUGUCAAGUGGAUCGGAGUGGGAAAGUCUCGGGAGUCGAUGAUCCAGCUGUUCUAGACAAAGGGAGGGGACACCCAAGCAAACAGGGUGCACAUCAGCAAAUCAACUGUACCCUUCUCCCCCCCCCCCCCACACACACACCCCUGCUCUUAAUGCUUUAACACUGUAUCCUCAGACUGACUCUCUGGAUCGGACUCUCAACACAGACUGACCUCCCAGCAUCUCCAUCUGGAUUUUUAAAAACCGUUUUAAACUUUUAGGAUAACAGUUCCCUCUUUUUUUAAAAAUUUGUUUUGAUUUGUACAUCGUAGCCGUUUUAUUUCAGACGCGCAACACACUCGGCGACACUAGCUGCCGUCGGGUCUGAAAGCGGACUCGAGGGAACGGACUCGACACACACACACACACGCACACACACACACGAGGGGUGUUUCCCUGGAGGACCCAUCCACACAUGUUUGGUGGGUCAAACUGUUGCAGUGUGUGUUGGUUCAUCUAUGCGAGGUGCCAGUCUGGUCUGAAUCCCUUUUAACCUCUGCACUUUAGUUGCUUUGGACUACACCUGCUUUAUGUUUUAUUCUGCCAGGUGUGCAACACAUCCUGGCACGAUAAAGGGAUAAGAUGAAUAUUUGUAAUGUGUCUUUCUGUGUUUUUUACGUCAUCAGACGAGGACUCCUCCUCCUUGUCAUUCAACCAAAAGAUUUGCUUUCUCGUAGCGAGCGACUGCUUCCACCGAGCGCUGUCGAUGAAACGUUGAUGGUAAUUAAGGCCUAGACAAUAUCCAUUGUUUUAAAUACUGCAAUAUAUGAUAUCUGUGUUAUGUGAAAAGGUUGCUCUAGUGAUGUAGCGUUGCUCUUCCAUAAAGAUAAGGGACUAAUAAGAUUUCUUUAUUGUCAAAAUUGGCCAAAAUAUCCUGACUUUUAGUCCCUAGUUUUGGGUCGAGCUCCUCAAAUUAUAGAAUAAGUCACAUUUAGAAGUAUAAAAUAUUGUGCAUGGAUGAUAUAACACUAUAUCCAUUGAUAAUGUGGGCUUAAGUAUAUCACAACAACAACAUGAGUUGUUUGUGUUUCGGUCCGAGAACAAACUGAAUAUAUCCGAUCUUUAAGAAAACCCUCUCAGUUGUAAGCACCACCUGGAGAACAUCUGUAUAAGCCCGAUUCUAUUUACCUUACCUUUUUGAUAUUGUACAUGAACAUUAAAUAGUAUAAUAAUAACAUUCUAUAUUUUAUUUGGGGCUUUUAUUCUAAAACAAUUGGGUAUAACCACUGUGACGUGUAUGGGGACUUCGAUGGCCAAAGUUUAGCAUUCAGUAUUUUAGAAGAAACGACGAGUUUUCACGUCGUAUUUGAAGGGAAGCAUCUCGUCAAAUUAUUGAUUUUGUAACUGUGAUCAUUCAUCCGUUUGUCUCUGGUGAGCUGAACAUGAACAUUUUUCUCAGGACAUUGAUUAAAAAUGUAUUCAACCUUAA